AUGGAUUCAAUCAACAGGAUCAUCAACUUCGUGUUUCCUCCUUUAGCCUUGUACGGACUUUUUGUCUUCUACCCAAUUUACCAGAGACUGAAGUCCGCCGUCUCCAUCUGGCGGAAUGUUUUACGGGAAAAUGUCGCCGGAAAAGUGGUUCUAAUCACCGGCGCAGCUUCUGGCAUAGGCGAGGCUUUAGCAUAUGAGUACGGGAAGAAAGGUGCGUACUUAGCACUUGUUGAUAUAAGAGACGAACCUCUCUUCCACGUGGCGGCUCUCGUUGAGCACUAUGGGUCCCCUGAAGUCAUCCCCAUGGUCGCCGAUGUUUCUAAGAUCAUUUCCAUCGCUGAACCUCUCCACGACUGCGAACGUUUUAUCCAAGCUGCGGUUCUUCAUUUUGGCCGAUUGGAUCAUCUAGUUACAAAUGCAGGAGUUGCUCCACUCUAUUUGUUUGAAGACAUCGACGAUCUUUCCAUGGCUAUGCCAGCUAUGGACAAAAACUUUUGGGGAUCUGUGUAUUGCACCUUCUUUGCUUCUUCGUACUUAAAGAAGUCUAGAGGAAAGAUUGUGGUGAUUGCUUCUGGAUGUGGAUGCAUUGCUUCACCCAGAUUGAGCUUUUAUUGUGCGAGUAAAGCUGCUGUGAUCGCGUUUUACGAAACUCUAAGAAUUGAGUUUGGAUCAAAGGUCGGGGUUACCAUAGUAGCACCUGGGGUUGUUGACUCAGAAAUGACCCAAGGCAAGUUCAUGACAAAGAACGGACAAUUCAUAGUGGACAAAGAGCUCAGAGAUCAGGUACACAUAAGCUUAUUGCCAGUGGAAUCAGCAGAGAGGUGCGCUAAAGCGAUACUAAGGAGCGUGUGCAGAGGAGAUGGUGGGUACUUGUUGGAACCUGCAUGGAUCAGUUGUGUAAUACUUUGGAAAGUGUUCUGUUCAGAGGUAACAGAUUCUUUGGGACGGUGGCUAGUGAUGGGUUGA